AUGACUCCGUACAGCCCCUUCCAAUGCCUGUCCAAUACCUGCCAUAACUGGGCAUUACCCCUGAUCAACCCCAAGGAGCUCCUUCCGCUUCUGAUGCCAAGCCCUCUGUGGGGAAGGGUGUGGACUGGUCCCGCCUCUGAUUGGCUGUGGGAUGCCCGCAAGCCGCGUCGCCCGCUAUCACAUUGUUGCGGACACAGAACGCUGCCUCACGGCAGACACAGCCCAUACAGACACACUCAGGGAAGACGGGAACAGAGAGAUGAGGAGGUGAGGAUGGUGAAUGGUAUGGAUUCUUUGGAGCACGCAUUCGGCGUCGUCUGCGGCUCAGUUUCCCCCAUUUGA